GCUGGCAGAGACCGACAGUUCCGUGGGGACCCGUCAGCAGCUCCUGAGAACUCGCAAAAGAACCCAGUGCGACUCUUGUCCUUGGGCUGGGUGCCAUGGACGCCUUCAUCCGCUUCACCAACCAGACCCAGGGCCGGGACCGACUCUUCAGAGCCACUCAGUACACAUGCAUGUUGCUUAGAUAUUUGUUAGAGCCUAAAGCUGACAAACAGGAGGUUGUUAUGAAGCUCAAGAAACUGGAGUCCAGUGUGAGCACUGGCCGUAAAUGGUUCAGACUAGGCAAUGUGGUACAUGCUGUACAGACGAUUCAGCAGAGCAUUCAUGCCACUGACCAAGUGCCCCGCAUCUGCCUAAUAUUAGCCAGCCUGAACCGUGUGAUUUAUUUCAUCUGUGACACCAUCCUUUUUGUGAGGAGCGUAGGGCUCGCCUCUGGCAUUAACAAAGAGAAAUGGCGAAUGUGGGCUGCACGCCAUUACUACUAUUCUCUUCUGCUGAGCCUGGUCAGGGAUCUGUAUGAAAUCUCCCUGCAGAUGGAACAGGUUGCACACGACAGAGCGAAGAAGGAGAAAUCACCAUCCCAGGAUCCUCUUGUGUAUAGCGUGGCUGAUGAGGAAACAGAAUGGCUCCAGUCCUUUCUUCUUCUCUUAUUCCGAUCUCUGAAGAAGCAUCCUCCCUUGCUCCUGGACACAGUGAAGAACUUCUGUGAUAUCCUGAACCCUUUGGACCAGCUGGGGAUCUAUAAGUCCAAUCCUGGCAUCAUAGGCCUUGGAGGUCUCGUGUCCUCUAUAGCAGGCAUCAUCACUGUGGCGUAUCCUCAGAUGAAACUGAAGACCCACUGAGGUGGUUUCAGGCUGAAGACUAGUACCUGCUUUGAAGACAACCUUUUAGUGAAAUGGACAUUUGCAUUAGGCACAGCCAUGUCAUACUGUGCUUACAGACUUAGUCACAUGAGCACUGAGUGACCUGUGAUGUGAACAGAGGUGGGGCCAAGAACGGUGGAGGGAAGAACGUGAAGGUUUAUGUGUUUUCUAGAGUGCUGGAGUGACUUCUGAAUUUCUGAGUAUUUUUCCUUCAUCUGACAUUUAUCGAGCAUCUCUUAUGUGCAUAUUAGGAACUUAGUGGUUGCUGAAUGGAUAAAAAUUAAGAGAAAAAUUGAAAAAGAUCCAAACUAACAAGUGGGCACUAAUAUAAGUGACUUUUGGGCCAUGUGCCUCACUAUUGCCCAACUACAGUAGGUCUGAUACACACCCUCUCUCAGAUUUAGUAGAGGCCCCUUAUUCUCUGAUCAGUUAUCCCACUUCCUCCAUAGCUGCCAGUGCCAGGAUGGAGGAGAGCUGGGUUUAUAGCCUCUUAACUUGGCUUUUACAUCACUGCGCUCCUGUCUUUCCUCUGUCCAGUAGUAAAAUCAGAAGUGCAUCAGGCACCUUCAUGGUAUAAAUUGUGUCUUUAGGUAGCGCAGUAAGGAAACAAAAAAUCAGAAGCAGAUAGAAAGGACUUGAGGUAAAAAUAAUGUGGAAAGUUACAGUUGGUGCCUGCAGGUUUCCCUGUGACAGAUGAGGAGACUUGAGGUUAAAACUGAGGACAGAACCUCAUUUCUCUGACUCCCAAUCCAGUGCUCUUUCCAUAUUUCACUGCCUUCCUGAUUGAGUGGAAGUGCAAGACUCUCCAGAAUCCUGUGCGAAAAGCCUUUUUUAGAACCUUUGUUGGUCAGUGGUUUAUAUUCUAUUCUACAAAAAUUAAAACUAUAUCUAGAUCCACCAGCAGGAUUGUUUUAUUUAAAACCAUAUAACAUUUUGGGCACUUACACGUUAAUUUUCAUCCAAAUUUGUGCAGUUAAGAAAUUUCACGAAUAUGAUGAAAUUCUACUAUAUUCGACAACCACCCUAUUUAUGUAGGGUGGUUGGGGGAGGUGGAGAAGAGCAGUAAGGGGCAAGAGAAGAGGACAGUAGAACGAUGAGUCGAUGCCACUUACUCGUGUUCUUACUUCUCAUCUUGGAUGUUGGGUUCUUAUUUGUGAUUACAGAUCCUCUUAAUUUGAGGCAAGUGAGGUAGAGAAAUAGGGUACCAUCAGGUAAGAGGUCAGUGUCAGUCCUGCCAGUAAAGCCAUCUGACAGGACUGGAUGGAAAGGAGAAAAGAAAUGUGCACUAAGUAAAUUUCCCAUAAAUGUGAUUGAGAUUCUUAAAAAGUAGACUCAGGUCCUUGGCUCUCUAUUUUUAAAGUGUCCAAUCAAGAUAUGGGAUUUGAGAAAGAACAUUUCAGGAAUUUUAAGAGAAAUAAAAGCUGCUAGA